UCAAAUUUCAAAAUAGGGGACCUUGCUCAAAAACCAGAAAUAUAAAACCCUCAGUUUCCCCCACAUAGUUUACCCCCUCCGUUUCCCCUCGUCAGAAUACCGCCCCACAAAAAAAAAAAAUGAAACAAGACACAGACAACAACGGAACCCUCGGCGGGUCCGAAGAUUCCCUCCUCCGUUCAUGUCUCUCUCUUCUCACGCGCCGCAGCUUCACCGCUUGCCGCGAGUCCGCAAACCAAAUCUCAAGAUCCGACCCGACCGUCUCCCUCCAUCUGGACCAAAUCCUCGCGGUGGCGGACGUCCUCACCGCGGCGGAGAGCCGCCGAGGACCCUCCCACCCGCACGACUGGUACUCCGUCCUCCGCCUCCACCCCGGCGGCGCCGACAACCGCGACCUAGCACGACAGCACUUCAAGACCCUCGUGCGGCUCCUCGACCCGAACAAGAACAAGCUCCCCUUCGCCGACGAGGCCCUCAUGCGCGUGCGCGAGGCCUGGUGCGUUAUCUCCGACCCAACGCGCAAGGCCCGCUUCGACAAAGAGAUCGAAGAGUCAGCCAGAACGGCGUCGUUUUGGACAAUGUGCCCUUACUGCUGGUACCUGCACGAGUACGAGCGCAAGUACGAGGACUGCGUGUUGAGGUGUUCGAAUUGCCAGAGGACGUUCCACGGCGCGGCGGUGCCGCCGCCACCGCUGGAGGCGGUGGUGGCGGGAAAGGAGGAGUAUUACUGCUACCACAUGAGCUUGCCGGUGAGGUAUCCGGUUGGCGAACGGUGUCGUUUCGGGGGUGAGGGGAAUGGGGCGAGGAAGAGGAUGAGGGUUAAGACGGUGGCUAAUAGAAUGAAAAUGAAAAGGUUUGUUGAUGCUAAUAAUGGUGAAUCUGAUAAUGAUGGGGUGAGGUAGUGUUUACUGUGUCAGUGUGGUUCUUGUCACAAUUUUUCGGAGAAUCUGAAAAAGGGGGAAGUUUAACUUGUUAGGGUUUUUGUUGAUUACUAUGUGUUUGAGGGUUUAGGAAAAGAAAGCAUGCAUUGCUUGAAUUUUGCAGUUUUGCAAUGCCGCUUCUGCUUAUUGUAAUAUGUAUAUAAUGAAUGAAUUAUAUUUUUUGGGGUGUAAUAGUUUUUUCUUUUUUGGAAGGAAGACUAGUUUGGGUUUUUAGAGAGGUAAUUAGGAAAUAUGUUGCACUUAUGAAUAGCUGGAAGGACUGUGAUUCUCUUUUUGGAGAUUUGGUCCUGUUCUUCAGUUUGCUGGAUUAUACUAUAUAUGACUUAUGAUUUUGACUU